CCGUUCUCAUCUCCACGGCAAGUCCGUGUGCUCUCUCUCCUCUCUCAGCUGAAGCUGAAACGGACCAAUCUCUCUCGCUAUAGCUCUAGCUGUGAAAUCGUCCAUUUUGAAAGGCCAUUUGAGGUUGUCUGAUCAUUGGAUAUGCCGGCAGCAAGUGCUGACUCGUCUGAUCGAGAUGCAGAACCUUUUAUGGAGGUUGAUCCCACAGGGCGAUUUGGGAGGUACAGCGAUCUCCUUGGACAUGGUGCGGUGAAAAAGGUCUACAGAGCAUUUGAUCAGGAAGAAGGAAUAGAGGUGGCUUGGAAUCAGGUUCGUUUGGCUAAUUUCAGCGACGAUCCGGUGCUCAUUAAUCGUCUUUACUCAGAGGUUCAGUUGCUGAGCACAUUGAAGAACAAAUACAUUAUUGUCUGCCACAGUGUGUGGAGGAAUGAGGAAAACAAUACUCUGAACUUCAUUACAGAAGUAUGCAAUUCGGGGAACUUGAGGAAUUACAGGAGGAAACAUCGUCAGGUGUCUAUUAAAGCACUGAAAAAAUGGUCAAAGCAAAUACUCGAGGGACUCGAUUAUCUCCAUACGCAUGACCCCUGCAUCAUUCACAGAGAUUUGAAUUGCAGCAAUAUCUUUAUGAAUGGGAACGUUGGCCAGGUAAAAAUUGGUGAUCUUGGGUUGGCAGCUGUUGUGGGUAAGAGCCAUACAGCGCAUUCAAUGAUUGGGACUCCAGAGUAUAUGGCACCGGAGCUGUAUGAGGAGGACUACACAGAGACGGUGGAUAUUUACUCCUUCGGAAUGUGUCUGCUGGAGAUGGUUACCAUGGAGAUACCCUACAGUGAAUGUGACAGUAUUGCCAAAAUAUACAAGAAGGUGACGGGUGGCAUAUGGCCUCGAGCUAUGAACGAAGUGACAAAUCCAGAAGUGAAGGCUUUUAUUGAGAAGUGCAUAGCUCAACCAAGGGCACGACCAUCGGCUUCUGAUCUUCUCAAAGAUCCCUUCUUUUCCGAGGUCUGUGGCGAUGAAACUGACCUAACUGGUUGAUGGCUCCGUGAACGUAUUAUUUGGCCAAGUUAUUAUCUAAUUCUUCCUGCCUAAAUAACCUGUCAUUGACUGUUGUCAGUCCCUCCUCAUACCUCAUGGAUUGUUUCUCUGUCAUUCUCUUCAAGUACAUAGUUAGUGGAUAGAAGAAGUAGCAGAGGUGCAAGGGCUAAAAAGGAAGGAAGGGGAAAGAAUUACAGAUCUGUCAAUCCUUGUAAUCCUCUGGAUUUACUAGUGCAUUCUGUAUUGUUAUUCCUUCUAGCUGAUUCAUAAUGCCUCCUUCGUUA